AAUUUAAAUAGGAAUUCAUUUGUAAUUUGAACUCUCAUCAAUAAGCAGCGAAUAUGUAUUGUUUGGUUGAAUUAAAACAUAAGAUUUAUGUUGAACCUCGUUACCUUGAUGAGGAUGUUAUGGAUCAUAUUAUGCAAAAUCUUUGCAGUCAUACUGAAGGCCACCUUCAUGGGGACAGCGGUAAAAUUGUCAAAAUUAUUAAGAUAGUAAACCUCGGUACGGCUUUAAUAAACCCUUAUACUUCCGAAGUGGAAAUCUUGGUGACUUUCAUAGCCUUGGUAAUACGUCCAGUUAAGGGUGAAGUCGUCGAUGCAGUUAUAACACAAGUUACAAGUAUGGGUUUAUUUGCUGAUGUUGGCUGUAUAAAUCAUUUUGUUUCACGUUUUAAUAUACCGGAGUAUUUGCAGUAUUCCACAGCAAAUGCUCCUUGUUACAAGGACAAAGACGAAAGAAUUGUUAUAAAUGUUGGAGAUAUUGUCCGCAUACAAGUUACUGGUGUACGCACUGAUAAUGAUAUAUUUGCAGUAGCUACAAUGCUGGGCGAUUAUCAAGGAACCGUACAGAUGCAUGAUGAUAAAUAUGAGAAAAACGCAAAUUAAAUAACCAAUUUUUUACAAAACUCUAAACAAAAAUAUAAAUUUAACAAGACUGGAAGCAACACAUGCUAUUUUAUAAACCGAUAAUAAUAUAACUAUCACGUUUUCCGAUUUUAUGGGAAGGCGUAUAAUUUUGUAAGUGUU